GAAACAAAAAUGGAGCAAGAAAGAGAAAUCCUUCCUCAAUUCUUCAUCCAUCCUCCUCUCUGUCUCUGUCUAUCUCCUCCCCCAUUUUCACCAACACGAACGAUUCGAACCAAACGAACCCUUUUCUCCUCUUCCUUCAAAAACAAAUUCAAAAUCCCCCAAAAAUAGACCCAGACAUCAUUAAACUCGAAUUUCAGUUCAUAAAGGAGGCUCUUUUAUUUCUUCAUUACUCUUUUAACUCUCCAUUAAAGAAGGCUCUUUUAUUUCUUCUUCAAUUACCCUUUUUCUGAAACAGGAGUUACUGAUAAUACAACAAGAGAGAAGAAGACUGUGUAAGAAGGUAUAGAGUUAGAGAGGGGUUGAAAAACAUAGGAAUGAAAUGAAGAGACUACGGAAUUAUUGGCAUAUCAGACAACAAAAAAUUGAACGAAAAUGGAUAUUUCCAUUAGUAUUAGUAUCAAUAUUAUCAUUAUUUUUGUUAUUUUUAACAACAUACAAAAACCCAGACGGGAUUUCAAUUCUGUCGUUCAACAGAUCAUCAAAAAGUAUCCCAAGUUCUGUUUUUGUUGAAUCAAAAAUAAAACCCAUACCAGUAACAUCACAACCAAUACCACCGAGAUUAGCUUACUUAAUAUCUGGAUCUGUAGGUGAUGGUGAAAUGUUGAAAAGAACAUUACAAGCAUUGUAUCAUCCUAAUAAUCAAUAUGUUGUUCAUCUUGACUUGGAAUCACCAGCAACUGAAAGAUUAGAUCUUUAUAAAUAUGUGUCUAACCAUCCAAUUUUUGUAUCAAUGGGGAAUGUGAGAAUGAUUACUAAAGCUAAUCUUGUUACUUAUCGUGGUCCUACUAUGGUUGCUAAUACUCUUCAUGCUGCUGCUAUUUUGUUAAAAGAAGGAGGGGAUUGGGAUUGGUUUAUUAAUCUCAGUGCUUCUGAUUAUCCCCUCGUUACCCAAGAUGAUCUGUUGCAUACUUUUUCGUAUCUGCCACGGGAUCUCAAUUUCAUUGAUCAUACUAGUAAUAUUGGAUGGAAAGAGUUUCAAAGAGCGAAACCAAUAAUCAUAGAUCCGGGGUUGUAUUUGACGAAGAAAACCGAUGUGUUCUGGAUUACUCAGAGGAGAAGUGUUCCUACUGCAUUUAAGCUCUUUACAGGUUCUGCAUGGAUGGCUCUUUCUCGGCCUUUCAUCGACUACUGCAUAUGGGGUUGGGACAACCUACCACGAACAGUUCUUAUGUACUACACAAACUUCAUAUCCUCUCCCGAAGGCUACUUUCAUACUGUAAUCUGCAAUGCUCAAGAGUUCUUGAACACCACCGUCAACAGUGACCUGCAUUUCAUAUCUUGGGACAACCCCCCAAAGCAGCAUCCUCAUCACCUCAACCUAAAUGACAUGUCAAGGAUGAUUGAUAGCAAUGCUCCCUUUGCUAGGAAAUUCCCCAGAAAUGACCCAGUAAUUGACAAGAUUGAUUCUGAACUCUUGAAUAAAGGCCCAGGCAUGCUUGUCCCAGGUGGAUGGUGUGCUGGUAAAGCAGAAAAUGGGUCUGACCCUUGCUCCAUUGUGGGUAGCAAAUCAAUUCUUAGACCGGGUCCAGGUGCAAAAAGGCUGGAGAAGUUGAUGACAUCUCUCCUGUCAAAUGAAAAAUUCCGUCCAAGGCAGUGCAAGUGAGACAAAAAAUAUUCUUCAGUGAGACACAUCUUGUGCCGACAGGCGUUUGCAUUAGGAGAGAUUGGAGCCAUAACAAUCAGGUAGGUAGUGAUUUUUUCUGUAAAAAAGAAACAGUAACACGGCAUAUUCGGUCUCAAGGGAGCAGACUACAGGUGAUCUUAGCUCGGCACCAAGGAGAUGCAGCUGGUAUAGCAAUAGCAAAGAUCACGAAGUCCUUGCAGUGGUUUCCCUCUGCUGUAAUAAUAUAACUCUACACAUGGAAUUGGAUCAAUCUCCUUGCCUUGCUGAACAAGGUCUUGUCUUUACCAUAGCUCUGUUUUCUUUUUAAUAUUAUUUUCUGCUCCCACUCAACAAAUUCUGCUUAGAUAACCUGAACAAUUGGUUCUGUGAUUAUUGAGGUUAGAAAAUUUUCAAAGUUGAUCAUUCAUUCCAGGGUUUCAUCCAAUUUUUCAUCAGUGUUUGUCGUUGUUUCAUUUUCUGUAUUAACUGAAUUCAAUGAACGAGUCUGCCAUUUUGUCUCUGC